AUGGAGAAAGAACAGGAAGUCGCGAAGAACUCUUCGUCCGAGGACUGCUCUUUGGGCGCUCUGACCAUGGAAGACAAGCAGCUCGUCCGCAAAAUUGACUGGCAGCUGCUACCUAUCAUGUUCCUCACCUAUUUCUUGCAGAUGAUUGACAAGAUCUCAAUCAAUUACGCGAACGUGAUGGGUAUCCAAGAUGACCUGGGGAUGAAUGGCAAUGAUUUCUCCUGGCUUGCAACGGCAUUCUUCAUUGCCUAUGCGGUCGCCGAACUUCCGCAGGGUGUACUUUUGCAGCGAUUCCCUAUCACCAAAGUGCUCGGUGCCAAUGUCUUCUGCUGGGGAAUUAUUCUCUGUUGUUCUUCCGCUUCCAGCAAUUUUCGAGGAAUACUAGCCUUACGGAUCUUGCUGGGGCUGGUGGAAUCCGUUAUAGCCCCCUCGUUGACAAUAUACACAAGCAUGUGGUAUACCCGCGCCGAGUCAACACCUCGGUAUGGCCUUUGGUACUGCGGACUGGGAGUCGGCCAGAUUGCCGGUGGGCUCAUCUCUUUUGCCGCUCAACAUGCUUCUCCCAGUCUGUAUUUCGGCGGCUGGCGGAUCAUGUUUGUGGUCAUUGGUGCCGUCAAUGUGCUGGUUGCGCUUCUGGUCCUGUUUGUCCUCCCCGAGAGUCCAGCCACGGCCAAGUUCCUUACCACGGCCGAAAAGGAACGUUUGGCCGAACGAUUGCGACAGGAUCAAGCUGGAGUAGGACUCAAAGUUUUUCGCUGGCGAUCUGUCCUGGAAGCGUUUGGAGAUCUCCAGACAUGGUUGUUGGUGCUGCUCACUAUCCUAAUCACCAUUCCCAGUGGUGUGAUCACCACCUUUUCGGCCAUCCUCAUUGUGGGAUUUGGAUACGAUUCGAAGGAGAGUGCUCUGCUCAACAUGCCGUCCGGAGUGGUGAGCAUUGCGUCAACCAUGGUUUCUACCAUCGCGAUCGCCAGAGGAUUUUCGAGAUGGUUGGCGAUCGACUUGCUCUUGCUUCCGACGCUGUUGGGAUCAUGCCUGAUGUCAUUUCUCCCCACAUCCAACAAGGGAGGCUGUCUGGCAGGUAUCUACCUGGUGAAUACGACUGUCGCCCCUCUAGCGUUGAUCUACGCUUGGACUGGCGCAAAUUUCAAGGGGUAUACUAUGAAGGUCUCUGGUGCUGCAAUUAUAUCUACUGCCUUUAGCAUUGCCAACAUCAUCGGCCCACAAACCUUCCAGGCCCGGGAUGCGCCUCAGUAUAUCCCUGCCAAAAUAACGCUGGUUGCGGUCAACGCCGCAGCUAUCGUCGUGUCUACCAUUCUAAGAAUCAUGUAUGGUCGGCGUAACACUAUCGCCGACCAUCUGGGGACACCAGCACGAAGCAAACUGGAGGCACGGAUGGCUGGAAAACAGACUGUGCAAGACGUCCAUGACGACCAAAGCUUCCGCUAUGUCUACUGA